UUUAUUUUGAAGGGCACCAACCGGAAAAUUAUCUCCAGAAACAUGGCGGCGCCUGGAAACAAUAUUUCAAGUUGUUGGGGCGUCCCAGACGUUUAUAAACAUCAUGAACAGAAGAAAAUAUGCAUUUCUAGACCUAAAUAUAGAGAAGGAAGGAGAGACAGAGCUGUUAAGGUAUACACCAUCAAUUUAGAGUCCAAUUACCUGAUGAUCCAAGGGGUCCCAGCGAUAGGAGUGAUGACAGAGCUGAUCCAGCUGUGUGCUCUGUAUGGUGCUGUGGAGGAGUACAGGCCCCUGGACGAGUACCCUGCUGAGGAGUUCACAGAGGUCUAUCUUGUCAAGUUCCAGAAACUCACCAGCGCCAGAGCAGCAAAACGACGCAUGGAUGAGAAGAGCUUUUACGGUGGUGUGCUGCACGUAUGUUACGUCCCAGAGCAUGAGACUGUGGAAGACACCAGGUUAAAGUUGCAGGACAGGAGGAGAUAUAUAAUCAGGGCUGUUCGGAAUAAAGCAAGAGAAAAGGAACAGAAGGAGGCCGUAAACGAGAAACCAACUUCAUCAGACAAGGCCACCACAUCAGAGACCGUCGUCGCCAGACAUGACAAAAGUGCUGAUCCGGAUAAAACAAGGAAUACUUCAAACAUCUGCCAUUAUUCAGGCUUUCCUCUACUGCCACUACCUCCCCAGGAAUAUCAUUACUACAGGCAUGAAAAUCCACAUGGGACUAUACCAACAGAGGACAAGAUGGGGACAUUACAUAAUGCCAUCAUUGAGAGAGUUCAGAGUUCCAGCUCCUACCAAACAUCUUUAGACAAAGACAGAGAAACUGAAAAAAGACUGACCUUAAAUCCAUCUCCUGCAGCAGUCAGAUUUGUCCCCAGGACCACACACUUGGAGAACAGGAAGCGCAGAAUGGAAGAAGCGGCAGAGCACUCACUGACUGAUGUUACUAUAAACAAUGAACCACUUAUUGGGCCAAAGCUACCAGAACCUCCUAAACUGGACAUGGAGGAUGGGUCACUAAACACAACUGUAAAGCUGAUCAGGAACACAUUAAAAAAGGUGGAAUCAGUUCCUGACCUCAAACCAGUGGCGAAAAAGAUGAAACCACGUCGGCGGAUUUGAUGUAGAGAGCUGCCUUGAUGCUGGAAUUAAUGCAGAAAUUACUACUACACCAUUUUAAAAAAAUAAUCUCUUGGCAGCUUGCUUUGAUUGUCACACUGAAAAAUCAAAUUACAUUUUUAUUAAAGACUACAUAUCUGAAAAUGCA